AUGGAUUAAAAUUUACAACAUUAUUUUGACGCCAAUCAACUUGGACUAAGAAUGUUAAUGCUUCAGAUCAUUAAGUACAAUUCUUGUAUAUUUUAGACUUGAGAUAUCGACAGUGAUUAAGGCAAGUGAUGAAUA